AAUGGGAGGGCGUCGUCCCGGCCCUCUCCCUUUUUCUGGGGCUAAGGACGCCUCCUCACUGCGUUCUCCGCCUCUUGCCGCGCGGCUUGUCGCGGGCCGGUAGCUCUGCCUGAACGCGGGACUGACUCCGGCACCCGCAUCUCCUUGCGCUCUUCCCCCUCACAGCCGCCGCUGCUCACCAGCAUCCCACCCCUCACCCACGCCGCGUCUAAGCGGCCCCACUGAGUCCCGACGCCGGGCCCCGCAGUACAGGGGUACCAGGCCAGCCUAUGGAGAAUCCCAGAUAACGCGAGUUGGGGGCGCCCACGCCCCCCAUCCCCGCCAGCAUGGCUCGGCCGCCGCCACUCCAGGAGCUGCCCCCUGUCUAUACACCCCCAGCUCGAGCCGCAUCACCCCAGAUCCUAGCUGGGAGCCUAAAGGCUCCACUCUGGCUUCGUGCUUACUUCCAGGGCCUGCUCUUCUCUCUGGGCUGCGGGAUCCAGAGACACUGUGGCAAAGUGCUCUUCCUGGGCCUGUUGGCCUUUGGAGCCCUGGCACUGGGUCUCCGUGUGGCCAUCAUUGAGACAGACCUAGAACAGCUCUGGGUGGAAGUGGGCAGCCGGGUGAGCCAGGAGUUGCAUUACACCAAGGAGAAGCUGGGGGAGGAGGCUGCGUACACCUCCCAGAUGCUGAUACAGACCCCACACCAGGAGGGGGAGAACAUCCUCACGCCUGAGGCACUGGGCCUCCACCUCCAGGCAGCCCUUGCAGCCAGUAAAGUGCAAGUAUCACUCUAUGGAAAGUCCUGGGAUUUGAAUAAAAUCUGCUACAAGUCAGGAAUUCCCCUAAUUGAAAAUGGAAUGAUUGAGCGGAUGAUUGAGAAGCUGUUUCCGUGCGUGAUCCUCACCCCCCUCGACUGCUUCUGGGAGGGAGCCAAACUCCAAGGGGGCUCUGCCUACUUGCCUGGUCGUCCUGACAUCCAGUGGACCAACCUGGAUCCAGAGCAGCUGCUCAAGGAGCUGGGCCCUUUUGCCUCCCUUGAGGGCUUCCGGGAGCUGUUAGACAAGGCACAGGUGGGCCAGGCCUAUGUGGGGCGGCCCUGUCUGCACCCUGAUGACCUCCACUGCCCACCUACUGCCCCUAACCAUCACAGCAAGCAGGCUCCCAAUGUGGCUCAGGAGUUGAACGGUGGCUGCCAUGGCUUCUCCCACAAGUUCAUGCACUGGCAGGAGGAACUGCUGCUGGGGGGCAUGGCCAGAGACGCCCAAGGACAGCUGCUAAGGGCAGAAGCCCUGCAGAGCACCUUCUUGCUGAUGAGUCCCCGCCAGCUGUAUGAGCACUUCCGAGGCGACUACCAGACACACGACAUCGGCUGGAGCGAGGAGCAGGCUGGCACAGUGCUGAGGGCCUGGCAGCGGCGCUUUGUGCAGCUGGCCCAGGAGGCCCUGCCUCAGAAUUCAUCCCAGCAGAUCCACGCCUUCUCCUCCACCACCCUGGAUGACAUCCUGCACGCUUUCUCUGAAGUCAGUGCUGCCCGUGUGGUGGGAGGCUAUCUGCUCAUGCUAGCCUAUGCCUGUGUGACGAUGCUGCGCUGGGACUGUGCCCAGUCCCAGGGUGCUGUAGGCCUUGCAGGGGUGCUGCUGGUAGCCCUGGCAGUGGCCUCGGGCCUCGGGCUCUGUGCCCUGCUUGGCAUCGCCUUCAACGCUGCCACUACCCAGGUGCUGCCCUUCUUGGCACUGGGCAUCGGUGUGGAUGACAUAUUCCUGCUGGCACAUGCCUUCACAGAGGCUCCACCUGGCACCCCUCUCCAGGAGCGCACAGGCGAGUGUCUGCGGCGCACAGGUACCAGCGUCGCACUCACAUCCAUCAACCACAUGGUUGCCUUCUUCAUGGCUGCCCUAGUUCCCAUCCCUGCACUGCGGGCCUUCUCCUUGCAGGCGGCCAUAGUGGUUGGCUGCAACUUUGCAGCCGUGAUGCUUGUCUUCCCGGCGGUCCUCAGCCUGGACCUGCAUCGGCGCCACUGCCAGCGCCUCGACGUACUCUGCUGUUUCUCCAGGUACCGUCCCUGCAUCCCCACCCCACCAGGCCUCAUCUCCUCGGGCCCCAUCACUUCCUGUCCCCUCACCAGCAUUUCCACAGACCUGCCACCCCCACUCUCUGCCUCUUCCAGCCCCUGCUCUGCCCGCGUGAUUCAGAUUCUGCCCCAGGAACUAGGGGAUAGGACAGUACCAGUGGGCAUUGCCCACCUGACUGCCACAGUUCAAGCCUUUGCCCACUGUGAAGCCAGCAGCCAGCAUGUCGUCACCAUCCUGCCUCCCCGGGCCCACUUGGUGCCCCCACCUUCUGACCCACUGGGCUCUGAGCUCUUCAGCCCAGGAGGGUCCACACGGGACCUUCUAGGCCAAGAGGAGGGGACAAGGCAAAAGGCAACCUGCAAUUCCCUGCCCUGUGCCCGCUGGAAUCUUGCUCAUUUCGCCCGCUAUCAUUUUGCACCCUUGCUGCUCCAGUCACACAGCAAGGCCAUGGUGCUGGUGCUCUUUGGGGCUCUUCUGGGCCUGAGCCUCUACGGAGCAACCUUGGUGCAGGAUGGGCUGGCCCUGACAGAUGUGGUGCCUCGGGGCACCAAGGAGCAUGCCUUCCUGAGCGCCCAGCUCAGGUACUUCUCCCUGUACGAGGUGGCCCUGGUGACACAGGGUGGCUUUGACUACGCCCACUCCCAACGCGCCCUCUUUGAUCUGCACCAGCGCUUCAGUUCUCUCAAGGCCGUGCUGCCCCCGCCUGCCACCCAGGCGCCCCGCACCUGGCUGCACUAUUACCGCAACUGGCUACAGGGAAUCCAGGCCGCGUUUGACCAGGACUGGGCUUCUGGGCGCAUUACCCGCCACUCAUGCCGCAAUGGCUCUGAGGAUGGGGCCCUGGCCUACAAGCUGCUCAUCCAGACCGGGGAUGCCCAAGAGCCUCUGGAUUUCAGCCAGUUGACCACAAGGAAGCUAGUAGAUAAGGAGGGGCUGAUCCCACCCGAACUCUUCUACGUGGGGCUGACCAUGUGGGUAAGCAGUGACCCACUGGGCCUGGCAGCCUCACAGGCCAACUUCUACCCCCCACCUCCCGAGUGGCUGCACGACAAAUAUGACACUACGGGGGAGAACCUUCGCAUCCCGGCGGCCCAGCCCCUAGAAUUUGCCCAGUUCCCCUUCCUACUGCAUGGCCUCCAGAAGACUGCGGACUUCGUGGAGGCCAUUGAGGGGGCCCGAGCAGCGUGCACCGAGGCAGGCCGGGCCGGGGUGCGUGCCUACCCCAGUGGCUCCCCCUUCCUCUUCUGGGAGCAGUAUCUGGGCCUGCGGCGCUACUUUUUGCUGGCUAUCUGCAUCCUGCUGGUAUGCACUUUCCUCGUCUGUGCCCUGCUGCUGCUCAAUCCCUGGACGGCUGGUCUCAUAGUACUGGUCCUGGCGAUGAUGACUGUGGAGCUCUUUGGCAUCAUGGGUUUCCUGGGCAUCAAACUGAGUGCCAUUCCCGUGGUGAUCCUUGUGGCCUCUGUAGGCAUUGGUGUCGAGUUCACAGUUCAUGUGGCUCUGGGCUUCCUGACCACCCAGGGUAGCCGGAACCUGCGGGCUGCCUGUGCCCUAGAGCACACAUUUGCUCCCGUGACGGAUGGGUCCGUCUCCACAUUGCUGGGUCUGCUUAUGCUUGCUGGUUCGAACUUUGACUUCAUCAUAAGGUACUUUUUCGUGGUGCUGACGGUGCUCACACUCCUGGGCCUCCUCCAUGGGCUCAUGCUGCUGCCUGUGCUGCUGUCCAUCCUGGGCCCCCCACCAGAGGUGGUACAGAUAUACAAGGAGAGCCCAGAGGUCCUCAGCCCUCCAGCUCCACGGGAAGGAGGACUCAGGUGGGGGUUGUCCCCCACCCUGCCCCAGAGCUUUGCCAGAGUGACUACCUCCAUGACAGUGGCCCUCCACCCACCCCCGCUGCCUGGUGCCUACAUCCACCCAGCCUCUGAUGAACCCACUUGGUCCCCUGUUGCCACACCAGCUGCCAGCGGCUCCAACAACCUCAGUUCUAGGGGACCAUGCCCAGCCACUGGGUGACAGAGCACCUGAAGCAUGGAGACCCUGCUUGGGUCACAUGAAGUCACUGGGAAGCAGUGGGUGGGUUAUUGAAUGCAGGACAGACACCUGGAGAGCCCUGCUGCUGCUGCUGUCUGCCUGCGUUCCCUUUCCUGCCUCAGCCAUCACAGACCUCCCUGAUACCCAUGCAAAACCAGCACCCUCUGUCUGGGCUGGGAGAACAGCCUUGCACACCUGGUUCUGUGUUUGUGCCUUUCUGCGUGGGGGUAGAAGCCAGCACCUCAGGCUGCGGUUCAUCCCUUUUCUCCCCGCCCUCCCAUGUGCUACUGGCCCCUCGCAGGCCAAGCCUGGGGGAUCCUCUAGCACCCUUUGCUAGUCCUGGCCCCCCACUGCUUGGUAACUCCUGAGUAGGCCGUCCGUAUCUGCCCUCCUUCUACCACGUAAAUUAUUUAUAUGAAGAUGUUUAUUUUUGUAGUUUGUAUAGAUUUUAGCUAUGCUGAAAGUUUUAUUUUUAAAGAGUGAAAUAUAUUCUAUAUGAACUCA